CACUUGUCGCGCAUGCACAGUCUUUCACAUCGCGUACGUUCUCCAACGGAAAGAUGGCGUCAGUCUCGAAUUAUAGCAGCUACAACCAGGCUGGUGCACAGCAGUCGUAUGGCUCGUACACCACCCCACCUACUCAGGGCUAUGGACAGACUGCACAGGGUUAUUCUCAGCAAGAUUAUAGCUCAUAUGCUCAACCCGCCGCUGCACCUGAGUCCACCUACAGUCAGGCAGCGCCCUCUGCUGGAGCGUAUGCACAGCAGCAGUAUGGUUCCUCAUAUGGACAAGCAGCAACAACUGCAGCAGCAGCAACAGCACCAGCUGCAUAUGGAACAGCACAGCCAGGAACUUAUAAUCAGCCCGCACAGAGUUACGGGGCCAGCAGCUACACUAGCUCCACUGCGGCCCCUGCCGCCCAGGCCUCCUAUGGCUCCCAGCCCGGAUACUCCACCCAGCCGGCCUAUUCUGGCUACAGCCAGCAGCCUGCUGCCUCCGCUCCUCAGAGCUAUAGUGCAAGUGGCCAGCCGGCCUACAACCAAGGUGCCUAUUCCCAGCCUGGAGCUUAUUCUCAGCCUCAGGGUGGGUACCAGGCACAGCAGCCAGGCUAUGGGCAACAGCAGCAGAGCAGCUAUGGGCAGGGACAGCCACCUCAGCAAGGUCCACCUGCUGCCUACCCCCCUCAGGGGAACAGUUCUUAUGGACAACCUCAGUACGGCCAGCAGAGUGCAUCACAAAACGAUUACAACCAGCAAAGCCCUUAUAGCAGUUACAGUCAGAGCGGUGUGAGCGGAGGCUACCCAGGGUCGCAGCAGCGGGGUGGAUACCCAGAUUCCGGCAGAGAUGGUUAUGAUCGUGGAGGUCCUCGGGGGCGUGGGGGUAUGGGCCGCGGAGGCAUGGGCAUCGCUGGAGACAGAGGGGGCUUCAAUAAGCCUGGUGAAGGCAUGAGGGGUGGAAUGGAUCGUGACAUGGGGCAUCCAGGAGAGCAGGACUCUGAGAACAGCACCAUCUACAUCACAGGCCUCACUGAGAAUGCCACUCUACCAGAGAUGGCCGACUUCUUCAAACACUCUGGAGCGAUACGGAUAAAUCGGCGUUUAAACCAACCAGCCAUAAACAUCUACACAGAUAAAGACACUGGCAAACCAAAGGGAGAUGCCACGCUGUCCUACGAGGAACCUGCCUUUGCCAAAGCUGCUGUUGAACACUUUGAUGGUAAGGAGUUCCAGGGCCGGAGGUUAAAGGUCUCUAUGGCUCGCCGGAAGCCCAUGAUGGGGGGUAUGAGAGGUGGAAUGCCGAUGAGAGGUGGCCCUGGGAUGGACCGUGGAGGUAUGAUAAGUCCUGAAGCCAGCAGGAAUCCUUCAGGUGGAGGGUGGUUCUGUAUUGUAACGGUGGCUUUGUUUUGUAUGCCAACAGGUAUGGGAAGAGGAGGGGAGAGAGGUGGUUUCCCCCCGCGUGGAGGCCCUCGAGGUGGAAUGGGUUGGAACGGGCCUCCAGGAGGCAAUGUGCAGAAGAGAGCUGGAGACUGGGAAUGUCCCAACCCUGGAUGUGGAAAUCAGAACUUCUCCUGGAGGACAGAGUGUAACCAAUGUAAAGCUCCAAAACCUGAAGGCCUAGGAGCUCCUCCCUUCCCUGCAGGCGGUGAUCGUGGCAGGGGUGGAAUGAGGGGCGGCAGGGGAAUGGAUCGUGGUGGUCCAGGCGGUAUGCGUGGAGGCUGGGGAGGAGAUCGCGGCGGCUUCAGAGGUCGUGGCGGAAUGGACAGGGGUGGAUUCAGAGGAGGUAGCAGGGGUGGUCCUCCCAUGGACAGAGGGGGCAGAAGAGGCAUGGGACCCCCAGGCAAGAUGGAUAUGAGGGAUCAUCGUCAGGAGCGCAGGGACAGACCCUACUGAGAUCAUGCAUCAAGCAAAUGGAAAUUUACAUAGAGGAAAAUUUUAAAAGUCCUUUUUAUUUAUGAUUCCAUAUUUAUACAUGGCUAUCUUUUUCUUUUUUUUUUCUCUCUUUUUUUUGCUUUUCCUUUGUUUUUAAUUUCAGUAUCACAUUGUGGUUUUAGUUAAACCUUUAGGUUGCUUUUUUUUGUAUGCAAUAAUGGCCUUUUUCUUUUUAAAGAUACUCAGUUGCCCUGUAGUUACCAUUUUUUUUGGGGAUGUCCGUCUUACAUGUCUCUCUAUGUAACUAUGUACUUUGAACUGUUUUUAAAAAAUAAACUUUUCCACCUCCAA